CAGUACUCAGAGUCGCGUGGCUGGCGCUCGCUUUUUGCCGGACUGCAGCCGUGCCUAGCGGCAACAGCGAUAUCGCAAGCGGUUUACUUCUACCUUUACUCCGCCCUUCGACAAGCCAUAGUGGUGAGUUGUUUCCUUGCCAAUUUAUCAGCUUACGGCCGCACUGAGGCGAUUGGCGUCGUGGGCUCCUUGGUUGUAGCUGGUCUGGCGGGCUGCGGCAAUGUGCUGGCCACAACACCAGUAUGGGUGGUGGCGACACAGAUGCAGGCCCUGCAGCGGCAGACCACCGCGGAGCAGCGCAAUCGUACGGCCUGGCAAAUUGCCGUACAGCUGUACAAAGAGUCGGGCAUUACGGGAUUUUGGAAGGGGGUCCUGCCAGGGUUGGUAAUGGUUGCAAAUCCUACACUGCAGUACAUUUUGUACGAGUGGCUCACGGCCAAGUUGUUGCAACUGCGGCGCGGAAGCGCCGCCUCCAAGGCACUGGGGAAACCCGGGUCAACGCCGCGGCUGGGCACCGGCGACGUAUUCCUGCUGACGGCCCUGGCCAAGUUGGGUGCAACAUUGGUGACCUACCCCAUGCUGUUGAUCAAGAGCAGGCUUCAGGCGAUGAACAGCAGCACCGCGCACGAGGCACGGUAUUCCGGGGUACUGGAUGCCGGGGUGGCCAUUCUUAGGCGGGAGGGCCUGGCGGCGUUUUUUAAGGGCAUGCGGCUCAAGAUGCUUCAGACUGUUCUGGCGGCGGCGCUGCUAAUGUCCAUAAAGGAGCAGGUCUACCAAUCGACAAAGGCGGUAAUGGGCAGCUUGGCGUCCGUA